CGCUUUCGGCCUCGCUCCGCGGAGCUACGGGCCGCGGAGGCGGCGGGCCGUGGAGGCGGCGGGCCCUGGCCGCCCCGGAGCCAGCCCCCGCCUCAUGUUUGCGGGACCGCACCCCGGGGCCAGGGUUUGACGGGCCCCCUUGAUCUUACCCGUCACCCAGGCCCCCCGCGUCCUGGAACGUUCUCACACAGCCCUUUGACACCUAAGGCACUGAGAUAAGAGCUCUGACCGGGAUGGUCUUUCAUCCUGGAACGGUACCAUUUCGUGGAUGGUGAUGAUUGCGUUUUACGGAAAAGUGAACCGAGCGUUUUAACUCAAAUGGGUGAUGAAAAGGACUCUUGGAAAGUGAAAACAUUAGAUGAAAUUCUCCAGGAAAAGAAACGAAGGAAAGAACAAGAGGAGAAAGCAGAGAUAAAACGCUUAAAAAAUUCUGAUGACCGGGAUUCCAAAAGGGAUUCCCUUGAGGAGGGGGAGCUGAGGGAUCACCGAAUGGAAAUCACUAUCAGGAACUCACCGUACAGAAGAGAGGAUUCUAUGGAAGACAGAGGAGAGGAAGAUGAUUCUCUGGCCAUUAAACCACCCCAGCAAAUGUCUCGGAAAGAAAAAGCCCAUCACAGAAAAGACGAGAAGAGAAAAGAGAAGCGUAGACAUCGUAGCCAUUCAGCCGAGGGAGGAAAGCACGCCAGAGUGAAAGAGAAAGAACGAGAGCAUGAACGUCGGAAACGCCAUCGAGAAGAACAGGAUAAAGCUCGCAGGGAAUGGGAAAGACAGAAGAGGAGGGAAAUGGCAAGAGAACAUUCCAGGAGAGAAAGGGACCGCCUGGAGCAGUUAGAAAGGAAGAGGGAGCGGGAGCGCAAGAUGAGGGAGCAACAGAAGGAACAGCGGGAACAGAAGGAGCGGGAACGGAGGGCAGAAGAGCGGCGCAAAGAGAGAGAAGCGCGUAGGGAAGUCUCUGCACACCACCGCACAAUGAGGGAGGACUACAGUGAUAAGGGAAAGGUUGGCCACUGGAGCCGCAGCCCUCUGCGGCCACCGCGGGAGCGCUUUGAGAUGGGAGACAACCGUAAGCCAGUAAAAGAAGAGAAGAUGGAAGAACGAGACCUUCUGUCAGACCUGCAGGACAUCAGCGACAGCGAAAGGAAAACCAGCUCAGCCGAAUCGUCAUCAGCAGAAUCAGGCUCAGGUUCUGAGGAAGGGGAGGAGGAAGAGGAGGAGGAAGAAGAGGAAGAAGGGAGCACCAGUGAAGAAUCAGAGGAAGAAGAGGAGGAAGAUGAGGAGGAGGAGGAAGAGGAGACUGGGAGCAACUCUGAGGAAGCCUCAGAGCAGUCUGCAGAAGAAGUGAGUGAGGAGGAAAUGAGUGAGGACGAAGACAGAGAAAAUGAGAACCACAUCUUGGUUGUUCCAGAGUCACGAUUUGACAGAGAUUCUGGGGACAGUGAAGAAGGGGAAGAAGAAGUGGGCGAGGGGACCCCACAGAGCAGCGCCCCAACGGAAGGAGACUACGUGCCUGACUCCCCAGCCCUGUCGCCCAUUGAACUAAAACAAGAGCUGCCCAAGUACCUGCCGGCCUUGCAGGGGUGCCGGAGUGUAGAGGAGUUCCAGUGCCUAAACAGGAUUGAAGAAGGCACCUAUGGAGUAGUCUACAGAGCAAAGGACAAGAAAACAGAUGAAAUCGUGGCUCUGAAGCGGCUAAAGAUGGAGAAGGAGAAGGAAGGCUUCCCAAUCACAUCGCUGAGGGAGAUCAACACCAUCCUCAAGGCCCAGCACCCCAAUAUCGUCACUGUCAGAGAAAUCGUUGUGGGAAGCAAUAUGGACAAGAUCUACAUCGUGAUGAACUAUGUUGAACAUGACCUCAAGAGCCUAAUGGAAACUAUGAAGCAGCCCUUCCUGCCAGGGGAGGUGAAGACCCUGAUGAUCCAACUGCUGAGUGGGGUGAAACACCUCCACGACAACUGGAUCCUGCACCGUGACCUUAAGACCUCCAACCUUCUGCUGAGCCAUGCUGGCAUUCUCAAGGUGGGUGACUUUGGGCUUGCUCGGGAGUAUGGCUCACCCCUGAAGGCCUACACUCCAGUGGUCGUCACCCUGUGGUAUCGCGCCCCAGAACUGCUGCUCGGUGCUAAGGAGUACUCUACUGCUGUGGACAUGUGGUCAGUGGGCUGCAUCUUUGGAGAGCUGCUGACACAGAAGCCUCUGUUUCCUGGGAAGUCAGACAUCGACCAGAUCAACAAGGUUUUCAAGGACCUGGGAACUCCCAGCGAGAAAAUCUGGCCAGGCUAUAAUGACCUCCCAGCAGUCAAGAAGAUGACCUUCAGCGAGUAUCCCUAUAACAACCUCCGCAAGCGAUUUGGAGCUUUGUUAUCAGAUCAGGGCUUUGAUCUCAUGAACAAGUUCCUGACCUACUACCCUGGGAGGAGGAUCAGUGCAGAAGACGGCCUGAAACACGAGUAUUUCCGCGAGACCCCCCUCCCCAUUGACCCGUCCAUGUUCCCCACAUGGCCCGCCAAGAGUGAGCAGCAGAGGGUGAAGAGAGGCACCAGUCCACGGCCCCCUGAGGGCGGCCUGGGCUACAGCCAGCUGGGUGAUGACGACCUGAAGGAGACGGGCUUCCACCUCACCACCACCAACCAGGGAGCUUCAGCUGCUGGCCCUGGCUUCAGUCUCAAGUUCUGAGGUCAGAUUGACUGACCUUGGCCAGCUAGAUUGGUGACAGGCAGACCUGAAUCAGGGCAACUUUCUUUUUUUUUAUGUUGUUUGUUUUGGGGUGGGUUGAAAAUUUGUAGAAUUAAAUCACAUUUUUCCUUCUGGAAAGGAAAGAGUUUUCA